AUGUUCGCCUUCACAUCUCUCGGAUGGCAUCGACAUGACCAGACGACCAGACCUCCGACGGCGCUGCCAGCGCUGCCGCUGCCGUGCGGCGCUGAUGUGACGGGACGGGUACCGGCGUGGUCUGGAGGGCUGCGGACGGUCGGCUUGGCAGUGGCCUCGAUGGCCCUGAAGACCCGAAGCCGAGUGGUGCGCAAGGGAAGAAGUGCCAGCAGCCCUGAGACACCCCGCCGCUGUGCCCUGAUGUCCACGAUGGCUGUGCUGUGCCCCGGGACGCUGGGUGCAGGCCAGCGCGCCAGUGCCAAAGGAAAUCCCUUCGUGUUGCUGCAAGAUGGCAUGGAGGCCUUCCGAAAUUACAAGGUGGAAGACUCCAUCAAGUUUUUCGAUGAAGCGGCAGAGUCCGGCUACCCGAAGGCGCGGCUCUGGCAGCGUGGCUUGUCGCUCUACUACGCUGAGCGCUUCGAGGAGGGCACCCAGCAGUUUCGUAAAGAUGUGGAGGUGAAUCCGAACGAUACGGAGGAAUCCCUUUGGGCUUUUCUUUGUGAAGCGCGGAUGGUGGGCUUUGAGCAAGCCAGAAAGCAAAUGAUGACCGUGGGCUUUGAUCCUCGUCCCGUCAUGGGCUCCGUGUACGCCCUGUACAAGGGUGAUGAUGAUGCAAAAUACGUCGCCCGGCUGGAGGAAUUAUACCAGAAGGGCGGCUCCGAUGCUUUCUACGCUUCCCUCUAUUUAGGGCUUUACUACGAGGCGAAGGCUGACACGGAGAGUGCCAAGUUGUGGCUCCUACGGUCGGUCGAGUCGAAGUACGGUCAGUCCAGCAACGACUAUAUGGCCGACCUGGCGCGCGUCCAUGAAUCCGGACUUCUGAGGACUUCACUACGCACGGAAGUGGACUGUGGAUGUGUUUGUUGCAGGGUGUGGAUGAAUGUGGCAUCACCGGUUUGA